AGAGAGAGAGGGAGGGAGGAAGGAACAGAAAGUUUAUGUACAUAGACCUUUUUAAAAAAAGUAUUGUUGCACCUGGUAGCUAGCUUUAGCGACACAGAAGUGAGAGGUCUGUGCAGUGCUUAAAUAGCUCAGAAACAAUGGGAUAGUGCAGGAAAGUUAACAAUUAACAAUCUCAGCUUAAAUUUUAUAACUGCAGGGAACUGGAAGCACAGCUGCCUCUCUCCUCAACAAAAUCAGAAGGUCUCCUGGUUAAGGGAAGAAUUUUUGUUAACAUCUUAGUUUCUGAGAAAUAAAAAGCAGCUCCAAAUUGAAUGGGUAUCAUGCAGUUAGCCAGGCUGCUCAUACUUAACUAUCUCUGCUCAUUUUAAAGAGAGAAACAUCCUGAGGGGUAAUGAGGCUUUCAAAAUGCUUUUUACUUUAUUUUUUUAAAUGAGGGUACAGGGCAAAAAAGGGAGCUGAAGGCAUCCGGUUGAAGAGAAGCAGCAAGGAAGAUGGGUCUGCUAAGUGUGGAUUUGCUGAUCACGCUUCAGAUCUUGCCGGUGUUUUUCUCCAAUUGCCUCUUCCUUGCCCUGUAUGACUCCGUGAUCCUCCUGAAGCACAUGGUGCUGUUCCUGAGCCGCUCCAAGGCUGCGCGCGGCGAGUGGCGGAGGAUGCUGACCUCCGAGGGGCUGCGCUGCGUCUGGAACAGCUUCCUCCUGGACGCCUACAAGCAGGUCAAACUGGGAGGAGAAGCUCCAAACUCCAGUGUAAUCCACGUAGCCAAUGGCAGUGAUGGAAGUGCUAAUAGCUGGAAGAAUGUUGGUGGGAAGUGUGGAACCAAAUGCCACCUUCUGGAUUUUGCCAACUCGGAGAGGCCACUGGUGGUCAACUUUGGUUCAGCUACCUGACCACCGUUCACAAACCAGCUGUCGGCCUUCAGCAAGCUGGUGGAAGAGUUCUCUGGUGUGGCUGACUUUCUGUUGGUCUACAUUGAUGAGGCUCACCCAUCUGAUGGCUGGGCUGCCCCUGGAAUCUCCCCUUCUUCAUUUGAAGUUAAGAAACAUAGGAACCAGGAAGACCGAUGUGCAGCUGCUCACCAGCUCCUAGAGCGGUUUUCCUUGCCACCUCAAUGCCAAGUAGUUGCUGACUGCAUGGACAACAAUGCCAAUGUGGCCUACGGGGUUUCAUUUGAGCGAGUUUGCAUUGUGCAGAGACAAAAAAUUGCCUACCUGGGAGGCAAAGGCCCCUUUUUCUACAAUCUCCAGGAGGUUCGAAUUUGGCUGGAACAAAACUUCAGCAAGAGAUGAAAUCCAUUCUCUACAGAAGAUAUGUCAACAGAUGUGUCCCUUUAAAGUGGUGUAAAAGGGAAAACAGAAAACAUACACUGGUUUGAGUAAGGCCUUUUGGAUGACUGCAGGAGAACACACUUGAUAACAAAGUCAAAUGAACAUAAACUAGGAAAAGAGAAAAACAAAAAGUUAACUCUACAGAAAUGUUGACUGUAUGGAAAAAAAAUCCCAUUCCUGCAUUCUCUAUGGAACAGAAGAGGCUGUUGUGAAAAGGUGUUGCUGCUGAGCAGAAAGAACGAUGAGAUGAGCUCCAUCUUCCGGAAGGAGCCGGUUGCAUGAAGUGUUGGCCUGAGGGUGAGUCAGAGGCAUUGCUUCCUGGAAGGUGUUCCGUGGGAAGGCAAUGCCAUGCGUGGGAAGGCAAUGCCAUGCCAUUUCAUCAGAGACACUUCCUUACCCUCUUGCGGCCAAUGCAAGCAACCUGGGAGGAGCCAGAAGGUUUGCAAUGAAUUUGCAUAGAAAUGCAGUGGAGUGUGGCAAUUGUCCUUUUUCUGUAGAGACUACAGGAACCUGUGAUGCGCCCUGCAUGCAAACUGGCUGCUCAGAUCAAGAUGAAACAUGAUGUGCUGGGAUUUAUACUCUUUAGGGACACCUCUCUGCACAGCAUAUUAACUAUGUAAUUCUCUCUGUAUGUUUGCACCCAUGUGUAGGCCUGUGCCUGUUGAGAAAGAUGUUAAAAUCUGUGAAGUUGGACCAAAAAGACAAAGAAGAUCAAAUGAACCCAUUGAUUCACUUUGAAAAUUGAAAAAGCUGGACUAUUUGUCACAACACACUGAGAACUAUCCAGAAUGUGCGUCAAGAGACAAAAGCUCAGCUGAGGCCAACACUCAUUUCUCAGAACUGACAACGUGCAUUUAGCAAUAUUCUCUGGUUUUCUUCUCUUUUUCCUCUUCCCCCAACUCAGUCUCUUUCUGUCUUUAGAGAAACAAUAGCGAGAGGCUUAAGGGUAAUUUCAUUUUUAGCUUUUUUAAAAGUAACUUAUUUUUCACUCUCUUUUAUUUUUAUUUGAGUUAAUGACCGUACUGAUGUAUUUUGGGGAUGGGGGAAUUUAUACACAACUUUACCUCAUUGAAACAGAAAUCUAUCCAGUCAUUUACCCUGUUAAAUGUGGUCAUGCUGGUUUUUACUGUCUUAGAUACCUGCAGUUACUUUAUAGCUAGAUUAGUUUAUCUGAAAGUUAAACAGCUUGCAGUCUCAGAAUUGACUAACUGCAAUUCUGCUAUUGGAUGUGACAGUGUAUAUUCGUUUCACACAUGUUCUUGGAAGCCUUCUCAGUAGUAGUAAGGACAAAUAGUAUGAAUUAAUGUGAAUAUGUGUAAAAGAUGGCAGCAUUUUCAUAAGAAGGAGUUUGAGAAGUGUUUUAAAUUAUGUUUAAAGACAUACUGUCAAUUUAGAAUAGACAUUAGGUUUAGGUCCUUUUAAAACUAAAAUGAUUUAGUCAAGCCUAAUGAAAAAGGAAGUUUGCAAUGAGCUAGACAGUUAGACCUGAGAAGUGAAAAUCCACAUGAGGAGGUGGACUAUCCAAGUUUUUGUUCAACUUUGGCAGAAAAAUGAAACAGAUAAACAGGGUAAGUGGCAAAAAUUAAACUAGUUCUCUUAAUUUCUCAUCCUCCCAGUUAUCAAAGAUAUGAUAUAUUAGUACUAACACAAGAAAUAAUAUAAAGUACACACACACACACACACACACACACACACACACACACACUUAACAUAUAUAAAAAUAUUUUUGUUUUCACAAUGUCCCCUUCAAUGUUGUAUAUUUCUUUUGGUUUGGCUGUUGGUCAACUUAGCCAAUGUGCAAGGCAUUUGGAAAUGUAUUUUCAAGCACAGAUCUGAAAUACUGACGGUAACAUGACUGACUUCUCACAUAAUCAUGCUCAUACUUCCCUUCCUUCUCACAUUUUCCUCCACACGCUAUUAAACAUACACACUUACACAGUUCAGUAAAGCUUAUCAGAGAAAGUGGUAAAGAAUGGUCUUUAGACCUUCUGGUGAGCUCUGCUUGGCAGAAAGUGUGUGUAUCUGUAUAGAUAUAUGUACACAUAUAUAUGUAUGCAUACACAUAUAUGUGUAUACAUUUGUAUCUAUGUACAUACAUAUGCACACACACAUAACUGGAUGUUAGGCCAACAGUAAUAAUCGUUCUAUCCUUCCAUUCAUUAAUGUUACUGUAACUCAGUUCUCAGUGUGGAAGUUUGUUAUAUAUUUUUAUGGCUAAUUGGGAUAUAUAACUGAAUUUUUUAACUCAAUACCGUGGAAACAAUAACAUAGCCUAAGAGGUUCCCUUGGUUUAUUUAAUCCACUGCCCUGCCUCUGACUGUAUCAGAUGCUUCAGGGAAAGGUCCAAUAAUUUCUUUUGGAAGUUUCAAUAGCUUCAGUCCUUAUGAUUUUUGUGUUGUCUAAUGAGCUAGUUGAUGUGUUCAUCGUUCCUGUGAGAGGCUGAUCCAGAAGUUUGGGACUUAAAAUAUUUCUUGAGGUGAUGAAGUCUAAAGUCAGACACAUUCUGUUCAAAAAUGAAGAGAAACAAAGAAAAAACAGAAAAUCAACUUUUUGUCAGAUUUAAAUUGGCUGAUUUUCAAUGUCGUUCACAUCUCUUGCUCUUGUAUGCGAAGGCAGCCUGAACAGGAGUGAUCCCUAUUUUACUCCUUAUGUCAGUGAUUCUAUAAUUUAUAUAGAAAUGAUAUAGUUCUUGUUUGUUUCUUAAGUCAAACAAUAUUUUACAUUCUUAUACAGGUCCAUAUUCUUUGUCUGUCUCUGAAUCUCUUCUGCUUUUCCUACACUGUCCUUUUACUCAGGUGAGUAAAGCUGUAGACAUUAUUCUAAGUGAAAAUACGUACUGGUGUGUGCAGCAAAAUCAUCAUCUUUUUCCGUAUUAGACUUAUUCUAUUCUUCAGUUACCUGAAACUUUAUUACUCCAGGGCAACUCCACAUGCUUCACAAAACUUACUCUUGUAAGUCUUCUCUUUCUCUUUUAUUUUCCCCAUCGUGCUGGGACUUUUGAAGUGUUAACUGUUUAUCAGGGAAAUGCUAGCCAAAUGUUUAACAUAGCUGUUGAAACAUACCUUUUGCCCAGAGGAGGGACUCUGAGUUAGUAAUUCAGUUGGUUAAUACCCUUUUACAUAUCUAAAGUUACAGGGUUUUUUUUUAUGUCAGUUUUCUCCUUCUUUUCAGAUUUCCGUUAUUUUCUCUUAGUGAAGUAUCUUGUCAUUCAUAGAUGCCUGUUCAUCACACAGUAUAAAGGAAUUAUAAAAUUGGCUUCUGUAAGUAGGAAAUCCAUAAGGAUUUUCCACAAGAAAAAAUGCAGAAUAACUUCAUUUCUUUCUUGGCAACAUGAAUACCUCACCCUGCCCAAAACUUAAAGAUGGUUCAGCCUCAGUGGUUAUCAAGACAGGAAUACGUUUUGUAAAUCCUUAAAUUUCCCCAGAAAAUUUGUGGUCAACAGGCAGGGGAAAAUAUUUUCAAUAGAAAUGGGCUUAGAGGGAAAAAAAAAUUUUUGCAAAUGUCUGAUAGAAAUACAAGCUCUUCAUUUUUUUGUUGACAAAAAGAAUACACUUUUAAGUUUUAUACUUCAUGCAUUGUUCUCAGUUAAUGACAGAAAUGGACAUAUGUCAGAUACCUGAAAUUACUGUAACAGUGCGUUGUUUCAGGUCCAGGCAGAAGCUUUGCUGCCUUGCUAGCACAGUAUUGCACAACCGAUCUGAUCCAUUGUGAAGCUGGAUUUGCUUUUGUCUCCUACUUUCACUGUCUGAAAGCACUAAACUGUGUUAUCUGAGAUAUUUCAGUAUGGCAUACAUAUUGAGCAAUAGCUCAUACAAUAGGUGCCUGAAAGUAUUCUGGAAGGCUAAUAUAUAUAAUAGAGACCCCAAUACUAUGUCUCUACAUUAGUAAUGGGAAACUUCCAGUAGUUUUCUUUCAUUUCCAGCAAGCUAGAAGUUAUUCUGGGCUAUGACUCUACGUUGUUUUGUGCAUAAUAUCAUUACUUAGCACUGUAUAAAAUGAAUGUAAAACAUUUUGUACAGAUGAAAAUGAUUGCAUUUUGCUCUUGCUUGUGUAGACAAUGACAUAAAUUUAAGGCAGCAGGAAACUAUGUCCUGCCUUUUAAAAAGAAAAGUAUCUAUUCCAAUAUAUAUUGUUGACUGACUGUCUAAAUACUUUGAAAAACAAAAUGCAAUCAUUUUUAUGAAGGUGAUUUCGGUGGAAAAAUCCACAAAGCUUCUCAAAACGUAUCAGUGCUAUGCAUUCAGGUGUGCGUGGGGAGGGAGGUUAUGUUUCUGUAUGUGUGAAAGUGGCUUUUCUGUGAUAUGGAGUGCGGGUAUAAGGGUUUUCAAGACUUUCAUUAAGUACUAUAACCAAAGCAAUAAGAGGUAUCAGGUAGGGAAUGCUGGCCAGUUUUGAUGAACUCUACACCAUGAGUGCUGGAUCCAUAUUCAGUGAGCUUAUGGGCCCAAUUUAGAGGCUUUGGAGAGGAGGGAUGAGGGUAAGAGAUGAACGCUUGUGUGCUUAUGAAGACCACUAACAAAAGAGUAACUAACUCAGUUGGUGUUCAGAUGCCACCACACUUGCAUUCAUCUGUGUACCUUAGUGCCUCUGUAUUUGAAAGGUCUCUUUGGUGGCCACUAAUGAGAGUGCUGGGGUGUAGAUGUUUGUGUGUACUGACUAUGUGUGUGUCAUUGUUUAAAUGUCAAAAAUACACUUUGUAGGAGAGCCAGUAAAAUUUGUUACAAUAUGGUGCUCCAUGAAACAUGUGCUUUUUAGAUUUUUUUCUUGUAUUAUAAUAAA